CAAACAAAUAUAACAUUACAACCAUACAAUAUAUAUAAAUAUAGGAUGACAGACAUUAGCUAUACACAAUACCUAAACUCUGCAGUGAACGUUGCCAAGAGUGUUGGUCCACUCAUAUUGGAGAACUACAACAACCGUGACAAAAAGGUUGAGUACAAGGGUGCUGUAGACCUUGUCACUGAAACUGAUAAGAAUGUCGAGGAGAUCAUUAUAAAGACUUUGACGACAGAGUACCCUCACACCAAGAUCCUGGGAGAGGAGUCAACAAAGGAUGGCGUCUACAACUGGGGCAAUGAGCCAACCUGGAUCAUUGAUCCAAUUGAUGGAACUACAAACUUUGUUCACAGAUUCCCACUGUUCUGUGUUUCAAUUGGCCUAUCAAUCAACAAGGAGAUUGUAGUUGGAUGCAUAUACAGUCCAGUAUUGAAUGAGAUAUUCACUGCUACCAAGGGUGGUGGCUCAUAUCUCAAUGGCAACAAGCUACAGGUUACAUCAGUGGAGACAUUGCAACAGGCAGUGGUGGCAACCAAUGUUGGAUACGAUCGCAGUGAAUAUGGUGUUGAGUUUAUGAUGAGCAAUUUGAAGGCAAUCAUGAUGCAGAACGUUCAAUCGAUAAGAUUCUCUGGUACUGCAGCUUGGGAGAUGGCCAGUGUCGCCUGUGGAAGACUGGAUUGCUUCUAUGAAUGGGGUAUCCAUCCAUGGGAUAUUGCCGCUGCCUCUCUAAUGAUCACAGAGGCUGGUGGUGUCGUUGUUGACCCAAGUGGAGGCCCAGUCCAAAUGGAGGGUCGUCGUGUCCUCUGUGGCAAUGCUACGAUUUGCCAGGUCGUAUCCAAGCUCUUGGGUGUUAGGAAGCCU